AUGAAACCAGCAACUGGUAUGGAGAGUGAAAAGUCGGAUGCGCCCAAGGCGAACCUCCUUGGUCUCGAUGAGGACGAACUCGACUGCCUGUCACGGCAAUUGGAUAUGCCAAAGAGCGACUCGGGGUACCUGCAAAUCUUUCGCUAUGCUAACACCGUCGAUGGCCUUGUCAUGGGCCUCAGUGCGGUUGCGGCAGUUGGUGCGGGCGCCACAAUGCCUCUGAUGACGGUCAUACUGGGCUCGCUCGUCGGAAACUUUUCCGAUUUGACCAGCACGACAAACUCGGGUGCAUUUGCCCACAACGUCAACCGCCUCGUCCUCUACUUUGUCUACAUCGCCGUGGGCACGCUCGUGCUCACCAGCCUCUUCGUCUUUGGAUUCACGUGGACCGGCGAACGCAUCACGAAGCGCCUCCGGUCCGCGUACUUCGAGGCCCUCCUCAGGCAGAACAUGGCCUUUCUCGACGCCCUCGGCGCCGGAGAAGCAGCGUCGAGAAUCACGGCCGACCUAAACGUCAUCCAGGAUGGCGUCUCGCAAAAAGUCGGCCUGGCCGUUAGCGGGCUCGCUGCCUUUGCAGCAGGCAUGGUCGUCGCCUACGUCCGCUCGUGGCGCCUCGCCCUCGUCAUGACCAGUCUGCCCGUCGCCGUCACGGCCUGGAUGAUCGUCGUCGGCACGUCCAUGAAGAAAGCCCAGCUGACGUCCACGGACCUUUACUCUUCAACGGCCACGUUCGCCGAGGAGGCGAUAUCGUCGCUGCGAAACGUCGCGGCGUACGGGCUGCAGAAGCGGUUCGUGGAAAUGUACGAGGCGUCUCUGGCGCCGGCCGCGAGAGCGGAUGCGCGAGCAAAGGCCAUGAUGGGCCUGUUCAUCGGCGGCUUGAUGGGCGCGAUGCUCAGCGCCUUUGCACUCGCGUGCUGGGCAGGCUCCCGAUUCAUGGACGCGGGCGACGUUGAUACGUCGCAAGUCGUCACCGUCCUGUUCGCGUCCAUGAUUGCAGGCGUCUCGUUUGGACAGGUCGCGCCUCAUCUGCAAGCCUUUGGAGCUGCUGGAGCCGCGGCGAACCGCAUUUUUGGUGCCAUUGAGCGCCGUCCACCUGCUGGAGUAGCUUCAGACAAAGCGACAGGCUUGAGACCAGACAAGUUACUUGGCCAUAUCCAAUUCUGCGAUGUAAAGCUGGUAUACCCCUCUCGGCCUGACCAGCUCGUCAUGGAUGGCUUCACGCUUGACGUACCGGCCGGCAAGACUACCGCCAUCGUUGGCCCGUCGGGGACCGGAAAGUCCAGCCUGCUUUACCUCCUCCAGCGGUUCUAUCUUCCCCUCCGCGGGCGAGUAUGCAUCGACGGCCACGACAUCGAGGACAUCGACGUGCAGUGGAUCCGUUCCAACAUGCGAGUUGUGAACCAAGAGCCAUUCGUCUUCAACACUACGAUACUCGAAAAUAUUGCGUUUGGCCUCGUUGGGACGAGACUCGAAAAGGCCGAUUCGAACACGAAACAAACAAUGGCUGAACAAGCAGCUAGGGCAGCCAACGCUCACGAUUUCAUCUCCCAGCUUCCUCACGGCUAUCAGACAGUUGUCGGCGAGAAUGGAGGCCGCUUGAGUGGCGGCCAGAGGCAACGAGUCGCGAUCGCGCGGGCGCUCAUCUCCGACCCGAGAAUACUCCUCCUAGACGAAGCAACGGCCGCUCUCGAUGCCAAAUCAGAGUCAUUGGUGCAGACAUCUCUCAGCACUCGCGGACCAGGCCGAACAACCAUCGUCAUUUCGCACCGUCUGUCAACGGUACGCGGCGCCGACAACAUUGUGGUGAUGGACCAUGGUCGUGUAAUCGAGCAGGGAACCCACGAGCAGCUUCUGGUGAGCCAAGGAGCGUAUUCGUCGUUGGUUGAAGCUCAAGCGCUACGAGAGGGUACCGAUAGCCCUCGCGAGAUGGGUUACGGCUCUGACGACGAACAACACAGUAGCUCUGGGAAAGCCCUGGAGAAGAGUCGCGUUGCUGCUUGGGGUCGAGAGCAACGGCAGGAGUCGACUCGGGCCACUACUCUCGCGCUCGUCAAGUUUCUCCUUCAUCUGAACCAUGCCGAAAGGAUGCACCUCCUUGCCGGCAUGAUUGGAAGUGCCUUCGCCGGCCUUGGCUACCCGCUGACGGCAAUCUUCUUCGGAAACAUGGUGCUUGCUCUCCGGGAUCCCCGCAUGACCCUAGGCGGUCAUGGUAUCGGCUUCUGGGCCGGGAUGCAGUGGCUCACGGCAUGGGUCGUGCUCUUCGGCUAUGUCGGCCAAGGCACGGCCUUUGCACACGCAUCGUCUCGCCUGAUAGCUCGAGCCCGCGCCGUCGCCUUCGCCGCCAUCUUGAGGCAGGACGCCGCCUUCUUCACCAGGCCGGGCAACGACCCCGGCGCGCUGACCGCGUUCCUCAGUCAGCAGGCGAGCCAGCUCAACGGGCUCAGCGGGACAAUUCUCGGGGCCUUGCUCAACAGCAUCGUUGCCGUGGUGGGCGGCUUCAUCGUUGCCACGUCUUUUGGGUGGAAACUCGGACUCGUUGCCACGGCCACCAUGCCGCUGAUCUUCACGACCGGUUAUGCACGGUUUAGGGUGCUUGCGGACCUCGAAAAGAAGAGUCUGCGCGACUCAAAGGCCGCGGCCGUCGUCUCCGAGGCAGUUCGCGGUAUCCGCACCAUUGCCGCCCUGGGGCUCGAAGACACUAUCGCGGAGCGUUACCGCCUCCAGCUGGGCGACGACAUCCGCAGCAGCGCGGGACAGAAUGCGUUGCUCUCGGUUCUUUACGGCACGAGCCAGUCGGUCAUCAUCUUUUGCACGGCCCUUAUCUUCUGGUACGGCGGCUCCAAGCUGCUGCCGACCGGCGAGUACACUGUCCAGAGCUUUCUGAUAUGCUUCGUCGCCACGACGUACAGCGCCCAGUCUGCAGGUGGCAUCUUCUCUCACGCGCCAGACGUGGCGGGCGCGCAGGACGCAGCCAUCAGGCUGAAGACGCUGACCGAGACCGUCCCCCAAAUCGACGUCGAUAGCGAAGACGGCGACAAUGCAGAGGCACUGGUCGGAGAUGUUGCCGCUUGCAACGUCGACUUUGCGUAUCCAUCACCUGAAGGGCCAGGACAUCUUGUAUUGCGUGACGUUUCGCUAAAGGCAAAAACGGGGAGCUUCGUCGCGCUCGUCGGCGCAAGUGGCAGCGGGAAGAGCUCUGUCCUCAACCUCGUCGAGCGGCUUUACGACCCCUGCUCCGGCCAGAUCGUCGCGGACGCGAAAGACAUACGCCAAUACCGCUUGCAGAGCUUCCGCAAGCAGAUGGCCAUCGUGGAGCAGGACUCUGUGCUUUACAGUGGAACUAUUCGCGACAAUAUCAUCAGCGAUGGAGACUUUGACGACGGAGACAUUGAGAAGGCCUGUCGCGAUGCGAAUAUCUGGGACUUUGUGUCUUCCCUGCCAAAUGGGCUCGACACCGCCAUCGGCCCCCGAGGCACUCAAGCAUCCGGAGGGCAAAAGCAACGCCUCGCUCUCGCCCGAGCGCUACUCCGCAAACCCAAGAUACUCCUGCUUGACGAAGCGACAUCAGCGCUCGACGCCCACUCCGAGGCGGUCGUCCAGGAGGCGCUCGCGGCAGCGGCCAUGGGCAGGACAACAAUCGCCGUCGCUCACCGAAUUAGCUCCAUCGCCAACGCCGACUGCAUCUACGUGUUUGACCAGGGCACCGUCGUUGAGCAAGGCACUCACGCUCAGCUCAUCGCGAGGAAGGGGCGGUAUUGGGAUUACGUGGGGAUGCAGACGCUUGAUACGACGUAA